UUUUAUUUGUCACUUUACUUUAAUUGAAGACCGAAAGGAACAGAGCGUUAUUCUGAGUAUGGUAUCUUUGCCCAGGUUACGCAGGACGUACGUCACUUGCGUAUAGUGAAGCGAACCGCUCGCUCGUUACACCUCUUAAUAACAGGAGGAAGGAAGAACGAUUAAGAACAACACGAAAAUGGCGGAAGGCUCGGAGCUGGCGUUUUUCGAUCUUAGGCUAGUCCACGACCACUUCGACCGAGCCCUAGUUCAGGACGACGACGUUGACCUGAAGGCUUAUCUAGACGCCUACAACGAGCUCUACAAGUUCUUCCAAUUGAUGGGCAGCGUGUUCAGCUUCGUGUCCUCUGACCUCAAGCAAAAGAUACAAAUACUUACUGAGCUGACGAAUAAGGAUAGUCAGAAUUAUAAAUCGAUAAAGACUAUGAUAGAGUAUGAGAAAGAGAAUAAACUUAUGGAGAAAACAGACCACACAAAUGGUACUCGAACAUUGCUCAGACUUCAUAGAGGACUAGAUUUUAUUAAAGAAUUUUUAAGACAGUUGGGAGAUCUGUCUGACAGUGAUAAGACGUCUAGUUGUUGCCAAGAUGCCUAUGACAAAACCCUUGCCAAGCAUCACUCAUGGGUGAUCAAGAAAGCAGCAAUCGUUGCCAUGUACACGAUGCCUACUAGAGAAGUUUUAUUCAAAAAGGUCUGCGGAGCGGACGUACAAAGGAACGUUGAUGUCUUGCCAAAAAUGUUAGAGAUAACCGGCGACGUGUUCAACCGUACACACAAUCUCUACGAACUACAUCAACUGCACAAUUUACCGUAAACGAUGCAUUUACCUAGGAUAUUUUGUGAAUACUGCAUUUCUUUCACUCGCUUGCUCAGGAUUACAGCACGCGACAUACGGACAUUCCGCGUACGCGAGGGUUGUGAUACUAUGAAUUCCCUACCAAUAUUUUUGUUAUUAUAUACAUUAUAUUAUUAUAUACAAUCGACCAUAUUUACUUGCUAGAAAAUGUACAAAAAUGCACUAGCGUAGUAUUUCAUUAUAUUCGUCCACUACUUACAGUAUUGUAUAUAUGAUAAUAUCAAUGAGAACCUAGUGCGGAAAAUGUUAAAUAUUACCUUCUUACCACUUAUUUACACAAUAAAAUUAAACUAAAGUACACAGACAA